AUGUUGCGACAAUGCGUUUUACAUUCCCUUUACCUUGCGGUACUGUUGCAACUUUGCAAUUGUUUUAAUCCCAGCGAGGAUAAUCCCUUCACAGAGGAUAAUUCGACAACGGCCAAAUAUAUCGAAGCGACAGAAUCUGUAAGUGUUGUACCACCGCCAUCCCAGGUGCAAUUGUAUCAGAACAAACGUCGACUGCUGUGGAGUGCCGCUGUCAUUGUUUUGGGUGUCAUCGGCAAUUUUUUGGCUUUGGUUAUUUUGGCGCGCAAAAAAGCCACCAAACAUAGCAAAUACACGUUUAUGUUGAGGUGCUUAUCGACAAAUAACUUUAUUGGCUUACUGGGCAUGUUAACCACUUUGCUGUUGAAAGUCUAUCUGCCGCCGGAAGUCUUCGAGAAAUACAACAAAUGGGAUUGUGUGGGCAAAGUGGUGUGGCGAUUUUUUGGCCUGAGUUCCGGUUGCAUAGCAGCCGUCAUGGCCAUUGAACGUUGGAUGGCAUUGGCUAGGCCAUUUAUAUAUCACAAGCACAUAACCUAUGAAUUGGUGCGUAAGACCAUAAAAUCCCUAAUCCUAAUAGCUGUGGUCAUCACAUUUUUGCCCUUCUUCGGUUUUGGCGCCUACAUGGAUGAUAGCAAUCCGGAAAAGGUUAAAUGUUUACGUUAUCGUGAUGCUGAGGGUUUUUGGAAUAAAACUUAUUCAGUGUUAUUUAUGUUAUUUGGCACUCUCCUCUGUGUGGUCAUAGUCGCUUGUAAUUUAUUUGUUAUGCGCGUUCUAUGCUUCAUUGGCCGCACACGCACCACCCAACGUCACAUGACCUAUGACAUGGUGAAUCGCAGCGAAAAGGGUUCGGUGGCUCAAAUCGAUGCUGAAAGUUCCAGUGGCACGACACUGUAUCAGCAUGGCCAGAGUAGUACGACGCACAUACCGCAGUAUCAUCACAGCAACAGUGUGACACUGUCCGCUCAUGCUUCGCCCGAUGAAAUAAAAUUCGCCAAGCUGAUGUUGUUCUUGAGCAUAUCGUUUGUUAUCUGUUGGAUGCCACAAAUGAUUGCCAUUCCCAUGGCCAUUGUCCCAAAUCGUGUGCCCAAGGCACAUCCUUUCUUUCUGAUUGCUGACAUGCUGAUGGCUUUGCAUUUCACAUCCGAUCCCUAUGUCUAUGUGCUGAGUCGCACCAAACAUUCGUAUAUUUUGGGCUGCCUGAAACGUUGGCGUACCGGUUUUAAGCGUUCACACAGCGAUCAGAGUCGUCUGCGCGCCACCAUUGAACAGCACACAUUGGAGUGUGGUCUCAAUUGAA